AUGGCAACUCACGCUAACGAAGAAAUGAACCUCUCCCGCGACCUUUUGCGAUGAUUGCAACGCAGGUUCAUCGUCAAUCGCCUGCUGGUGCCAUACAUGCUUGAGGCAGUGCGCAUGGUUGAGCGCGGUGAAGCGACAGCGCAGGAUAUCGACACAGCCAUGAAGCUCGGCGGGGGCUACCCGAUGGGACCAUUUGAGCUCGGCGACCUCGUGGGUCUUGACACGCUCUCCCACAUUGCGAAGGGCUGGCGCGAGACGCGCGUAUGUACGGGCGAGAUUAGCGCCGAAGCUGUCAAAGAGAGUAAACUGCUCGAACAGAAGGUCAAGGAGGGCAGGUUGGGAAUGAAGAGCGGAGAGAAGGGCGGCUGGUACGAGUACCCAAAGAAGUGAGCGCUAGAUAUUCGGAUAGGCAGGUGCAUGGGGUGCGUGUAGCUUUCCAACUUGCACAUUAG